CCUUGUUGUUCAUUCGCUGAACAACAAGGAUAAAAUGAUACACUGGAGCACUCGGGUGAUGUUUCCGAACGCAGCCAAGUUUGACACUUAUAUAUCUGUGUGUGUGGUGUAUGUAUGGGCGCAUUCAUCAUAAAUACGUAUAUAUUUUAUACAAAUUCUCGAUUAAGCUUCACAUGAAAAUAGGAGGCAAUUUUGCACAAGAUUUAUCACAAUUCGUAAUGGAUAAUGAUCAAGUGACUCAUGAGAUAGAAGAACAUUUCCAAAUAGUGUACAAGCAUGAUACAUCUGAUAUGGAACGGAAAGGACCGGUAAUGCAGCCUCAAGAUGGCUCAAUCUUUCUCACAACCUUGGUGUUUGCAUGCAAAGCUGUGAUUGCAUGUGCAGGGCAGUUGGACACAAUGGAAAAAGAACGCGGUGAUGGAAAUUGCGGAGCUGUACUCGCACACGCUGCUAACGCCAUAAUACUAGCAAUUAAGAAGGGCAGAAUUUUGGCAGCAGGACCUUCUGCAGCGUUCACCGACAUAAGUCAAAUUAUUGAAGAAGAAGUGGGUGAUUCUGCUCAGGGCAGAGUGUACUCAUUAUUUUUUGAUUCUGCUGCUAAAAGCUUUCUUAGGUUUUCAAGUGACGAGCAAUUAACUGCCAGCACGUGGUUGACUGUUCUAACAUGUGUGAACAAGACGCUAUCCAAGAGCAGUGAAAUAUCAAUUGGAACCAUGCUGGAUGCUUUGAUACGUGUGGAGCACAAAUUAAGGGACGCACUAGAUCUAGGUUUAAAUCCAGUUGACGCAUUUGGGGAAGUUGUUAGUGCUACUGAAACGUUUGCUUUGCAAACUGUGCAUGUGCCAGCGCCUCAUUCUGUUGGCUCCACGAAUCACAAGAUGUAUAAAUAUCCAGAUCCUGAAGCACAUGCUGUAGGCGUAUGGAUGAGAGCUGCUUAUGAAGCUGUCAAAUUAAAAUACGAAGACGGGCAGGAUGAGUGCGAAGGUUGCCAAAGUAUCGGAAACGUUAAAUACUUGAGUAACGAGCAUGAAACGAGGACAUCCUUUUUAUCCGCCCAACAAUCCUUGAUGCAGGAUAUCGGAAAUCUGUUGAAGCAUGCGUGCGUUAGGAGCCUGAGCUGCGAGGUGCAUCCUGGCAAGGAAGGCGUCUGCUACUUUGGAGAUGAGUACAGGGGGCAUGUUUUAAGUCAUACUUUUACGUUAAAAGAUGCCCAGGCAAGGGGAUUUAGGAGAUGGUGCAGUUUCAUUGUCUUCAUGAGAGAUAAGCAAUUUCUGUUGAACAUGUGGCCAUUUUUAAUUGACAAUUUAAAGGAAGUGAUUAAAGAGCUGCAAGAUUUUGCGGAGAAGAGGUACAAUGCAGAAGAAGCGGAAUGUCCGCAGAGAGCAAUGAGACUAACAACUGCAAAUAGUGGGCCGGGUCAUAACACUUCGAUUAAACAGUCUAGAACACUUAUUGAUAUAACCAAUGAAAAGCACGUUUUUGUAAGAAUUCACAUGUGGUUAGUAUGGAUCCUCAGCGCUGGCGCGAGGCACUUCAUAGAAAUUUUCCCAAUGAGUUUGCUGAGCGAUGAACUUAAUUACAACUUCGAGCAUCAAAUUGAAACCGAGGACACGUUGGCGAACGCGAAAAUGCCGGUAAACUUAAAUCUGAAUUCGGGCGAGGCCGAGCUUUCGCCCGAGUUUUCCGAGAUUGCGGGCAAAUCUAUCGCUGUAAUUCUACGAGGCCUGAAACGGGUGCUGGGAAAGGAUUCGUUUAGGCAGUUACUCUACUCCUGCCUGACUGGAGUUCAAGUCCUGGUGAGAGGCCCGAGGGUACAGAGAUUGGAAUCUCUCUACGGACUGAGCAGUCUCGUACCAAGAGCGUGUCGAAGAGUCAUGGCACAGACGUCGGAAUACAUGGACCCCGACACGUGUAACUUUAUCGGUGUGGACACCCUAGUCGCGGUUCCCUUACCGUGCGCAAGCGUAUGCAGAUUAGACAUAAUACUCGACGAGCACCAGAUCGAGAACACCAAGUCGCACAUAGUGAAGUGGGCUGGCGUGUUGCCAGCGAAACUGCCGACGUUGUUGACGAAAAUCGAAAAGUCGCUCGACAACGAGAAACUGGGAAACUCGGUGCUCAAGGCGCACCUCGCCACUCUCCAGGAGGAAUGGGCCAACAUUGCGAAAGUCGUUCAUGCGAUGCGUGGACGAGGCCACCGUAACGAUCUCGCCGGACUCAUGCUCAGCCUGGGUGCUGGACCUCAGGACAAAAAGCUGCUGGACGCGUGGUCCAUGGGAUUGCCAUCGAAUCCAGCAUAGUCCGCGAAGAUCAACUCGUUUCACCGUACGCGCAUUGUAGUUGCGUUGCGUUGAGCAACGCAGAUAUUUAUUGCUGAUAUGUAUAUAAUUGAUAUGUAUGCUCUUCUACUCAGAUUUUUCUCGUCCGCUCGAGAGAAAUGCUUACUGUGUGUUCAAGGUUGUGCGUCUUUUCUAUUUAUGACCUGAUUAAAAAAUAAAAGCCUAAAUAUAUAUAUAUAUA